CCCUAAGCGCCACGUCUCUACAGUUCUCAAACACCUCCAGGACGACCCAACCCCACCUCCACGGGCAGCCUGUGCCCACAGCCCCCCAGACGACCCCCGUGGAUCUCAACCAUCCCUACGGAUCACCGCUUCCCACUGCGGGAGCUCCGUGAUGCCACUCUGUGUCGCGCUCCGAGCUCUCGCUGUGGGAACUGGCAGAGGAACCUCACCCUCUCCUUAAGUUAAACGCACAAAAGCGAGUUUGUUUGUGCUGGGGCUGGGGAGCACUGACGUCUGUGCUGCUCGCAGGGUGCUGAUGAGUUCAUGGGGCGCUGCGUGUGCCGGCCCAGCCUGCAGCGCGCACCGCGGCUCUCCUGGCACCCCGUGCUCAAAGGCAGCAGGAACGUCGGCGAGCUGCUGGCUGCCUUCGAGCUCAUCCAGAGGGAAAAGCCAGCUGUCCACCACAUCCCUGGCUUCGAGAACGAGCUGUCCUCUGCUCUGGAUGAGCUCUGUGCCCCUGCCUUGUUCUACGAGGGGCUCCUCCGAUGGUCUGAGGACUCUGACCUGCCUUACCCACCACCCCAACGGGAACCCAACAUCUUCAUGGUCCCCCAAGGGAUCAAACCGGUCCUGCAGCGCACGGCCAUCGAGAUCCUGGCCUGGGGGCUGAGGAACCUCAAGAGCUACCAGCUGGCCAGUGUCACCUCACCCAGCUUGCUGGUGGAGUGUGGGGGGCAGCUUGUGCAGUCCUGUGUCAUCAAGAAUGUCAAGAAAAACCCCAACUUCGACGUCUGUGUGCUCUUCAUGGAAGUGCGUCUGCCCAGCGAGAGCCUCUACAGCCCCCCCAUCAUCAUCAAAAUCAUCGACAACCGCCCGUUCGGCCGCAGGCCCGUGGUGGGGCAGUGCACCAUCCGCUCUCUGGAGGAAUUCUACUGUGACCCCUAUGGAGAGGAGACGGACGGUGCCCAGGAGCACGCGGAUGAUGUAAGCCUCACGCCCAGAGAUGACGUCCUCAUUGACAUUGAUGACAAAGAGCCUCUUCUUCCCACCCAGCUUGUGGAGGGCAUGACCAGCUCAGCACUAAUUAACCCUCCAGCUUCUCGGUCCGAGCCUCAAGAGGAAGAAUUCAUUGACUGGUGGAGCAAAUUCUACGCUUCCACAGGGGAGAGGGAGAAGUGUGGCUCCUACCUGGAGAAGGGUUUUGACACCCUGCAGGUCUAUGAGACGGAGCUGGAGCGCGUGGAAGCCUUCGAGCAGCUCUCUGACUUCUGCCACACCUUCAGGCUGUACCGUGGCCGGGUGCAGGAUGCCAACGACGAUCCCUCAGUCGUGGGCGAGUUCAAGGGUUCCUUCAAAAUCUACCCUCUGCCCGACAACCCCCACGUGCCGCUGCCACCUCGACAGUUCCACCAACUGCCAGCCAGGGGUCCCCAGGAAUGUCUCGUCAGGGUCUACAUCAUCCGUGCCUUUGGUCUGCAGCCCAAGGAUGCCAACGGGAAGUGCGAUCCCUAUGUGAAGAUUUCAGUGGGAAAGAAAUCCAUAAAUGACCAAGAAAAUUACCUCCCCUCUACGCUGGAGCCUGUCUUUGGAAAGUAAGUUCUGGUUCUGCGUGGAUUUCG